AUGUCGAAUUGUUCUCGUUCCCUCUCAUCCGUAUUUCCCCUUCACGUUCCUCCAUUGAAUGAGUUGGGUGAAGCGAUUCGAGAAGGAUUACAAGAGAACUUCAACGAAGUUAAUGUUCAAAUUACGCCGUGUCCAGACCUCCGAUCGGAAGAGAUUGGGUUGGUUUCCCGAUAUUUCGGGGCCUCGAUGAAACUCGCUGACAUCGGUGGACCUGGGAAUCUCUUCCCACAGAUACACAAAGAGAAGAAAUUUGAUAUAAAGGAAAUUUGUGAACUGUGUGAAUCGGGCACGGGAUCGGCUUUUGGACCGGGCGCCGGUCCGUGGCCUGUUGUGGGCACAAAUUCGGAAAUGGUCGCUGAUGUGGAUUGUGGAAAGGAUAAGGUCGCAACCAAAAUUGCAAAGAUCGUUGAUUCGGAAAAGGGUUAUGCAACGGAAACAAUCACAAGCCCAACUUUCAGCUUGAUGGCAAAUCUUGCAAUCACCGGUGAUCCCGAGAAACAAGUUGAUGUUGUGCACAUUCAUGCAAAGGUGCGAAAAGGAAAGCUUAAUUUCACCGAUUCGAUUCGACAAGCCGUCGCGAAAUGCUACGGUGAACAAGCGGUUUCCCUUGGUGGUGUGUUCAUCAUUCGAAAAGGCAAAGCGAAACUCCACGUGAUGCCCGAUUUUCCAGCUUGCCCGUGGAAUACGGAGGAUGAGAUCACAAGAGAUUGGCUGAAAUACUUUGAGAUGAGCGCUCCAUUAGUGUGCUGUUCGGUAAUGCAUUCACAUGACCCGGGACAUCACUUGAGAAUGGAGCACACUCAUUGCUUUUCGAAGCACGGCGAUGGCGGCCAUUAUCACUACGAUACGACACCGGAAGAGGUUGAAUACGAGGGAUGGUUUGCACCAGCUGAGAAAGUCUUUCGAAUCGAUGAGAUU